AUGCCCGGCGGGCCGUGGUCACUGCGUUUCGGCCAUUUCGAGUCGAGCUCGUUAGUGGCACUCACUCCAAUAGAUCAUGUCCUGCAAUUUGCUGAACAUCUGGGUGCCUUUAUGGAAAUGGAGGUUGGCCACUCGUCAUCGUCAUCAUCUCAAGUGAUUUUCGUUCCCGGGUCAACCCGAUCCGGAUAUCAGGAGGACGGAGACAUCGUGUUGGAUGAUGUGUUCAGUGGUGCCACCACGGCAAGCUCUGUUAACUCAGAGGACACGGAGCCAUUGGACUUGGGCAUCUGCAUAUCUCCUCCGCCUCUGCUCCUGCCUCUGUCUAGUCCAACUCUCAAUAUGUCAGAGUCGUUGAACCUGGGAGCACGCCCGAUUGCUCCGUCUGUUCCUGGAGGAGGUGAACUCCCCGUCGUUGGGUUACCUCACCAGCAGGCAAUAUCAGGCACGCUACUUACCUCCCCAGGGCGGGAUGGUUACUUGGGUUCUGGUCAUGCCCAUCAAUCAUCUGAACAUAUCGCCGGGCCUUCGUCUUCUAUUGGAGUAGAGCCAUCUCGGGGCGCAUCCUCUCCCUUGGGAGGCCUUUCCCCAUAUACUCCAACCCGAUAUCGUUACUUGCCUGCUUGGGUCUCGCAACGUUCGUUGUUCUCCGCCAUCAAUGAGUUUAACAAGGAAUAUAGUAGACGUGAGACGCUGGGCUUUGGAGAAUGGCAGCCCGAGUUGGUAUCGCUCCCUGGUGCUCCCACAGACAAUCUGAUCCCCGCGGCGGCUGAUUUGUAUGAAUUCCUUGCCCGUGAUCUCAUCACGCACAACAUCACGGAGCAGCGUGAGCCUACUCAGACUGACCUAGACGGGCAACCCGCCCGGCAUCUCAUGCUCGAUGAGAAGCAGGCUGCACAGAACUACUGGCGCCCGGGUAGUGUGGUGCAGGCGCCUGCUCCACCGGGACAGGACGCUAUGGCAGAAUUCCAAGAUGGUUUCAACAAGAUAGCAGAGACUGGCAAGAAGACAUUUUCUUCAAUCGUUUCAAAAGUCAGCGAAGAUUCCAGAAUACGAUCAAGGACAGGGAGCGUCCAGGUCCAACCGCCAAACAAAGUUCGUCGGUUUCUGGGGAAGGUUAAAGAUGGUGUAACGAAAAUUUCGCGCUCGAACCCGAAGAAUGUGUGCAGCCGCGAGCUUGUUCUCCUGAACGUUGAUCGCGAACCUGCCUGGUUGACUUCGAAUAUCGAGGUUCAGGAUACACCAUCGGGUGUGAAACAAGGCGCUGAUCCCCAGUCGGUGGACACGGCACUUCAGGAUGCCCUUGAUGCCGCAGAUCAGAUGAAUGCACUUUUGGGACCUGCAAGAUCUGGAGCAUCCGCAGGCCAAUAUCCACCAGCAACUCUUGAUGAUAUGGACGAUAUAGAGACAACAUAUCUUCAACCCCUCAGGAUAUUCGACACUGUGAUUGGGAAAGUCGCGGAGGUACAUCCUUAUGCAAAGAUGGCAUUGAGUGUGCUGUCUCGCGCAUCUAAAGCAUCCUGGAGUGCGACUGCACCACGUCCACUGCCAGGGAAAUUGGUGAUGCCCAUCAUCGAAAUGGUGGAUGGGCUGCUACGCCGGCGGCGAAUGACAGAUACUUACUAUAUUUGCGCCACCACGACCUACUCCGCAACGGACUCUCAUCCUAUAAAACCGACUGCCAAGAUCACAUGUACAGAUAGUUCUUACAACGAUGAUCCAGCCAAGUUAUUGAUGGCCAGCCUCGAGAUACCCCAGAUAUAG